AUGGAAUCUGAAAAAAGAUUGAUGGAGACCAAACAAAACUGGAUGCUCUCUGAUUCUAAGAAGUAUGUGAUGGACUCAGACAUGGAUAGGGAUGGAAUGGACUCAGCUUCUGCAUCUGAGGUACAUCUGAUGGGGGAAGGAAAACACCAGGAAAAGAUUAGAUCUAAGAGAUAUAUAACGGACUCUGAUUCUGAACCAUGUGAGAUGGACUCAGACUCAGAAAGAUAUGGACUAGCCUCAGCAGCUGUGGAAUGUGUCAUGGGUGCCAGCACUGACACUGAGGGGUACUGGAUGGAUUCUUGGUCUGAAAAACGUACAAUGGACUUAGAUUCUGAAAGCCUGGGAAUGGUCUCUGAUUCUGAUUCUACGAAACACAUGAUGAAGGCUGAAGAUUGCCAAAAGGCCUCUGACUUGGAAGGAUUCUGGACGGGCUUCAGGUUUGAAUCUAAAAGAUGCUUGACUGACUCUGAAAGACAAAAAUUGGACUUUGACUCUGGUAGAUGUUGGGAUAGCUCUAGAAGAUAUCAAUUUAGGUCUAAAAGACUUCAGCGUAGCUCUGGAAAAUAUAGGGAUGAUCUUCAAAAACAUUGGGUUAGCUUUGAAAGACAUCAAAUAGACUCCAAUUCUGGAAAAUAUCUAGCAAAAUCUGAAAGUGAAAGAUACCAAAAUGAGUUUGAAAGGGAAACACACAUGAUAGAGAUGGAGAAGGAACAGUGUUUGAUAUUUGAAAAUAGGAGACUUCAAAUGGAUGAAGAGAUGAAAAGAUCUCUCAUGUGGUCUGACAGUGAACAAGAGCACAAGAUUGUAUCUGACAAUGAAAGACACCACAUUGACUCAGAAAAUGAAGCACAACGGCUUGGUGCUCGCAAGAAGGGUAAUCGUCCUCAGGGUUUUUGGAGGCCUGUUUUCCAGUCACCUCCACUUAGCCAAAGAAAGGAAACUGAAGAACAAAAUUCUGUACAACAAAUUGAUAACAGAGUUUCAAGAAUUCAACUUGUAAGAUACCUGAGUGAUGACAAGAUUGUGAGAUUUAAAGAGGUAUCUCCAACGUUCAGUGACAAUCAAAACUCACAGAAAAAGUUAAAGGAAAAGCACAGACAUAGCCUCUCUCCAAAGCCAAACACAGUCAUGGAUAAUAAGCAUCGCAGAAAUGCCAGGUGCAAAACUUCUGUAUGUAAAAUUCGUUGCAAGGACUACAGAGUCCCACAAAGUUUUCAGAGUUCCCAAUCUCUAAUUAAUCCUAUUCCUCCUCUAAAUGCUGAGGAUUAUACCUCCGAAGACUUAGCACCUCUCUGCCAUCCUAUGUCCAUGAGCCCUCGGCCUGAUGUACACCCCAAGACUCACAGAAAUAACACAUAUUCUUUGGACACUGGAGCACCUAUAUGUUCCAAAUGUUUCUUGGAAAUCAGUAAUUCUUUUCAUAAAUGUCUUGUGAAUUCUGAUAAUGAUUCAGACCCUGACUCUACUUUACAUCUCCAAAUUCCCUUGGAUUCUAAAUAUUCUCUGAGCCCCAAAUCUAUUAGACAUCAUAAGACUUCUCGGAAUAGCCCUUUAUCUCGAUCCCUGGAUCCUAAGCAUCCUGUGGGCAUCCACUGUCCUUUACACCGGGAGGAUUCUAAAUAUUCCUUGGGCUCAACUUCUUAUUUACACUGUGAAAGUUGCUCAGCUCUUCAAAAUCUCAUAGGCCUUACUGUAACCAGUACCUUUCCCAUGAAUCCUCAAAAUACCAUGGGCCACCAUAGUACCCCUGACUCAGACAGUGCUAUCUACACUAGCAAUGUUCCUGGCCUUGAAAAUGAGGGCAAGUUUAACCUUACUGCUAAAUUUGAAAAUGAGGUCAAUUCUGACAAUGAAACUAAAUUGGCCAGUGCUGGAAAUCUCAAAGAUAAGGCCAAUGCCAAAGAGAAGCCUCUUCUCAAAGAUGAGACAGACCAUGAAGACAAGACAGAGUCUGAAGAUGAAAAAGAUCCCGAAGAUGAAAUAGAUUCUGAGGAUGACAACAACACCAAAGAUAAGAAAGACCCCAAAGAUAAGUCUGACCCUGAUGACAGUGAUUCCAAAGAUAGCAAUGCCGAAAAAGAUGCAGACACAAACAAUGGAUCUGAUCCCAGUGGUGAUGCUGACCCUACAAGUGGAGCUGAUUCCAAUAGUGAUGGUGAUUCUAACAAUGGAACUGACUCCAACGGUGAACCUGACUCUAACAUUGAUAACGCCACUAACAGUGAUGCUAACUCCAAACAUAGCACUGAUUCUGAUGGGAAAAAACACACCAAUAAUUCAGACAGUACCUCUGGCCUAGACAAUGGUGUUGAUCAGGACUGUACUGCUAACUCCAACAAGGAUACUAAUACAAACUAUAGCUCUGGGCUCCAAAAUGGACCUGGCCUGGACUACGCUUCUGGUUCCAAUAAUGGUGCUGGCCCCAACAAUAGACCUGGCUCUAAAAUCAAUAGAUCUGGCUUCCAAAACAUUGCCUCUGACCCCCAAAAUAUCAGAUCAAACCCCAACAGCUCUGGGUCCAUUAAGAAUGUCUCUGGCCCCAACAGCAAUGGUUCUGGCCACAAUAACAAUGGCCCUGGCCUUAAAAUAGACCCCGACUCUAACUAUAAUGUCAGGCCUAGUAACACUACAAGCCACAGUAGUGCUAUUAGUUUUAACAAGUAUGCUGAUUCCAAGUAUGUUACAAAACCCACCAUUGCUACUGGCCACAGCUAUGCAGCUGUCUCAAACUGUGACUCAGAUCUUGACUGUGUCUCAAGAUUUACCCAUGCAGUAGGUUCUGGCCUUCUACUUAACUCCAACUAUAUUGCCAGAAAUAGUUAUGCUGCCAAACCCAGCUCUACAGCUACCACUGUCAAUGCCAUUGACACUAGCAAUACAAUUAGUUGUAGUGGCGCCAUUAGCCCUAGUUAUACUGCUGGCACCACCUUUGCCUCAGGCACUAACCAUGACCCUAGAUCAAUUCAUGUAUUUGGAUCCAACCUUGUCACCAACCCCAAUUAUGAUGCCACAAAUACCCAUAAUGUUCAUAAUGCUAGCAAUAUUAAUAAUCUCCUUGAGCCUGAAUUGGAAAUCAGUACCAAUUCCUCCAUUCUUAAUAUUUUUAAUGGUAACUCCCCCACUUUUGCUGCUAACACAAACUAUAUUUCCACUCCUGGAAAUUUGACCACCUCUGAAUUUUCUAAUCCAUCCAAGCUUGGUAUAAAUUACACAAUUUUUGAUAACCACAAAUUUGGUGCCUGCCUCAAAGACUCUGCUGGCUCCAUGGAUUUUGUUAGCCUUAAGCAUACAACUGAGUCCAAGGAUGUCCUUGAUGCCAAGGAAUCUGGCUUUUUAAAAGGUUUCUCCAGGGUCCAGAAUCCCGUUGGUAUCAAGGAUCCUACAAAUUUAAAUUUUCACUCCAAUGCAGAUAUUCCACUCCCUAGUUUUGACAUUAUAGUAGAAGCUGAACCACCAAAUGUUGUGAAGUUUGCUGUAUCAUCAGGUGCUGUGAAUCAAUUUUUUAAGCUCAACCUCCAGACAGGUAGCAGACAAAACCUUGACCCUUGA